AUGUAUCGCAAUUCUAUGUGGACAGGAGAUUCAAUCAAAAAUUGGCAAAAAGGUUAUAGUACAACUUUUGCAUUACCUAAAUUCUCAAUUACAUCUGAUAACAAUAAUAAACGUGACGAAAUACAACCUUUACCAUUAGGAGUGGGUACAGGAGCACAAUUAUAUGAUGGAGAACUACCAUUAUCGUGUGGUGGGCCAAAAUUUAUUGAAAGUGGUGGUGAAGCAUAUGACAAUAAUUAUGAAUAUUGUAGCCAAGAAAGCCAUUCGGUUCAAUGCUGUGAUGAUUGCAGCGAACAACUAUCAUGGUCUAAUCAAGGUGAAAAUUCUUAUAUGGUUGCCUGCCGGCGCGAUCCUUUAUAUAUGAGUUAUUGUGAUCAAUCUAUGGAUGAUUACCAAGGAGCUGGUUGUCAUAAUAAUCAAUAUGCUGAAAGUUGUGAUGAACAAAAUAAUGUUUUGUAUGGUGAUGGUUAUCAAAAUUCUU